GAAUAUUUUUCGUUUUUUUUCACCUUCACCUACUUUCGUCCAGGCAGCAACCGUUUGUUGUUGCGUUUGUUUUGAUAUCUCACCCUAGUGGCUGUGCUGCUUUCACAUCUUCAGUCGCCCGUUCACCAACCACCAUCUGCAGACGAUUCGCCUUUCGUGGUAAUUCCAGCUUGAUUAACACGCGAAACAUGCAGCGAUACACAGCGCGUAAAGCAGCUACGGCUGCACGCUCCCAGAUCGCAGCGUCGGCAAAGCAGGCAGCAGACUACGAGUCCGAUUCCGAUGACGAGAUACCUACGCUCAAGAAGGCUCCAGUUAUCGCCAAUAGCAGCAUCACCGCUGUUAGAAAUGACCAGAAGGUGCCCGAGUGGUACAUCGCCAUCGAUUUUGGAACCACCUUCACCACUGUUGCGUUUCAUCGGCGCGGAGCACCAACCGAGCGAAUCUUUACCAUCGACGACUUCCCCGGUGAAAAAGAACUUCAUUUGAGUGGCAGACAGAUCCCAACAGAACUAUGGUAUCCAAAGAUCAAUGCGCGUCCUUCCAGUUACGUCAAAUCGCACGACAUCCGUCUGCGCUUUGGUAAUGAAGUACACCGUUUGGCAGAAGAUGCUGACAGUGUUGACAUACACACAAUGUACGAUGACUCUGAUCGUGUGACUAUGAUGAAGCUACUCUUAGACCACACCGACUACGCCCGAGCAUCAAAAGAGCGAUUACAAGAGAAACUUGAGAUCAUCAAGGCGGAGGGCCACAUCAACGAAAACGAGGAUGUUCUUUUUCACUUCUUUCGCGAGGUCCUCCGAGCAUCAAAGACACGAUUAGGGUUCGACUUCAAUGGAGCAAGCACCGUUGAGGUAAUCUUCUGUGUACCAGUCUGUUACAAUCCUUCUGCUGUAGCCGUUCUGGGUGCCCAAAUAGAACGCGCAAUGAAAGAAGUAAGAUUCGGUACCGAUGGCGAAUCCCCUUGUCACAUGUUUGUUGUGCAUGAGGCUGAGGCGCAAGCCAUGCAAGCGCUCCAGCAAGCGCACCAUCAGCUACAGCGCAACCAAACCUUUAUGCUUGUCGACUGCGGAGGAGGCACUACCGACAUCGGGGUUUAUCGCAUUGCAGGGACCGAACCUCUGAGGCUCGAGAACGAGGUCUAUGAAGCCACAGGGGCCAUGGUAGGCGCCGGUGACUUGAAUAACAUGUUCCGGAACCUAGCAAAGAGAAUUCUUCGACAUGAGCUGUACCUAGAGAGCGGUGAGGACACCAUCGACACCAUUAUCGAAGCCGAGGCCAUGUACAAGUUUGAGCAUGAUCUCAAGCGAAAUUUCAAGUACAACGAUAUCGAACAAGGAUACGGCAUUCGCAUACGCGGUCUGAAGAGAAGCCAGAGUGACACUAGAAUUCGGGACAACUACCUUGUCUUGACUUACCAGGACAUGUGGAGUAUCUUCAAGCCUUCUGUCGAGAAGAUUGGGCGGAUGAUGGAGGAUGCGAUUGUAUAUGCUAGAUUGGCUGGCUACGCAGUCAGUAAGAUCGUAGUCGCUGGCGGUUUCAGCGACUCACCGUGUCUAACAAGCUACCUUGCUCAGCAGACGGAUCAGCUUUCCAGAAAACUGGAACAACAGCUCGACCUACGCUUCUCAUCCCGCAACCUGAGCGCCACUGGGGUUGCCACCGGAGCGAUAUUGCGCGCCAUCAACAAAGCCAAUGGCCCCUCGCGUAUCCCGUGUCAGAGUAUCGGUGUUCUUCGACGUAUUCCUUGCGACGAUGAUAACGAAGACUAUGCGGCGGACGUCUUGCGUCAGCCCAGAAAGUGGAGCACUGAAGAGGCAAAGGAGUACGUGAUGGACACCAUAUUUUGGGUCGUAAAAAAGAACCACGUCAGACUUGAGUCUGUAUACACUGUCCGUUUUGAUUCCGAGCAUGUUUUCCAACCGCAUGAGACAGAAUGGAUCAUCGAAGAACAGCUGUGGGCUUCGGAGAGUUGCACUUUGGACUUUUUCAAAGUCGACCACGCGAACAACGCUGGUAAGACGAUGCAGAUUGGUGCUGUCGAGUUUGAUAUCAGCGAUAUGAGGCAAGAGAUCCGCGCCGCCAACAGGGAGGCUAGAGAGAAGAUCAACAAGGUUGUGAUCAUGGUGGAGAUGACGGUCAUUGAUCGAAAUUUGGAGUUCACAGCCCGCUGGCCGGCGACCCCUGAGGGUCAGGUCAUCCGGGGUUCCCGUAAGUUCUUCAGUGUUGCCUCGGCAUUCACUCCUGGUACACAGUAGUCGUACGUGUUGUGUGUUGGAUGCCUCCAGCAUUGGACACGAGGAAGAUAUCAAGUCUGUAAUAAUGUACUAUCUGCCUCCAUGGCCCUUUCUGAAGUGACAACAGUAUCGAUACGUAAAGUCGU